AUGGAGAUUCGCUUAAUUUCCGGCUACAAGGACUCCGUCCUCUUCAAGCUUCUUGCUCCAAAGCUUCCAAAGAACGUCACAAUCACAGAGAUCAACUCGAACGAUCGUGUUUCUGCCUCUGCUGAAUUCGAGUUCAAGGUUUGGCCAGUUCUCUACGAAAAUGGCACACCAUUCCUCUAUGGUACACGUGCUAUCCUUACAUACCUCUUCACAGGCUCUGAACUCCUCCAGCAAGCCUCAUUAACACAGAAUGAUACACUCUUCUGCCUUGGUGACGACCUUUACACAGCUUUCUGCCCAAUCUUCACACGCACACAGUCCAUCCUUGUCAACGAUAAGAUCAUCGCCCACUCACAGAAGGCUUUCGAUGAAGUCAUUGCCCAGAUCCCAACACACAAGACAAAGGAAGAGUCAAUCGGUAAUUACUACAUCGAUUCCAUCCUUGCCAUCGUCAAGGCUCUCGGCUUCAAGCUCGACCUCGAAGUUCCACAAGUUACACUUCAGGCCGAUGCCAUUGCUGAAGAGGCUCUUCGCUUCUGCUUCCAGGUUCUCAACAUCCCAGAGCGCUAUGCCCUUUCUCCAGCCCCAGAAAAGCCAAUGUGCCUUACAACACCAAUUUACUACGUCAAUGGUGUCCCACACAUUGGCCACGUCUUCACAACAACACUUGUCGAGACCAUCAGCAACUGGUACAAGCUUCGUGGCAUCGACUGCAUCUACUCAACAGGUACAGAUGAGCACGGCCUCAAGGUCCAGACAACAGCCGCCUCCAAGGGCUUCUUACCAAAGGAGUGGUGCGACAAGACAUCCAAGACCUUCUUCGAUGCCUUCGAGCAGUUCGAUCUCCAUCCAGAUGUCUUCAUCAGAACAACAGAUGAGAACCAUAUCAAGGUUGCCACCAAGUUAUGGACAAUCCUCCACGAGAAGGGCUAUAUCUACGAAGGCAAGUACGAAGGCUGGUAUUCCAAGCGCGAAGAAUGCUUCGUCCCAGAAAACCAGAUCAAGGUUGUUGUCGAAAACGGCGUUGAGAAGCAUAUCAACUCCGAAGAUGGCGCCGAGCUCGAAUGGUCAUCUGAAACAAACUGGAUGUUCAAACUUUCCGCAAUGCAACAGCAAUUACUUGACUGGUACGAUGCCAACCCAACAUGCAUUACACCACGCCCAUACUACAACCUUAUCAAGUUAAUGGUCUCUCGUGGCCUUAAUGAUCUUUCCGUUUCUCGCCAGAACGUUACAUGGGGCAUUCCAGUUCCAAACGAUCCAAAGCAGACCAUGUACGUCUGGAUCGACGCUCUUGCCAACUACCUUACAGUCGCCGGAUGGGAUGGCGAAGGCAAUUUCGGCAGAUGGCCAUGCGACAUCCAUACAGUCGGUAAGGACAUUGUCAAGUUCCACGCCAUCUACUGGCCAGCCUUCCUUAUCGCUGCUGGCAUUCCAUGCUACAAGAGAUUGCUUGUUCACGGCUGGUGGACAAAGAACGAAGAGAAGAUGUCAAAGUCCCUCGGAAACACACUCGACCCAAUUGUCCUCAUGAAGUUCUGGGGCCUCGAAGCUGUCAAGUACUACUUACUCCGUGAGUGCACAUUAGUUUCAGACAGCGACUACUCAGACAAGGCCAUGUUGAACAGAUACAACAACGAUCUCGCUGAUGUUCUCUGGAACUUGGUUAUCAGAAUCAUUUCCAAGAAGCUCUGCCCAGACAUGGUUGUUCCAACACCAGGAGAGUACCAGGAAGUCGAUAAGGACCUCAUCGAGUCAAUCGUCACAAUCCCAGGUACAGUUGACCACUUCAUGGCUUUCGGUGAAACACGCCACGCUCUUGAUUCAAUAUUCGCUUCAAUCCACGACUUGAACAAGUACCUCACAGACAUGCAGCCAUGGAAGCUCGUCAAGGAAACAGACUUGUCCAGAUACAACACUGUCUUCUACACACUCCUUGAAUGCUUGCGUAUCCUCGCUACAUCUCUCUACUGCUUCAUGCCACAGACAGCUACAACAAUCCUCAACGGCCUCGGCGUAGGAAAGAACUUCCCACCAGAGGAGAUCUUCAAGUACGGAUUCCUCAAGCCAGGAACAAAGCUCAUGGAAGGAAUGCCAAUCCUCUUCCCGAAGAAGACACUCCCAGAUGUCUAA